CGCAUACCUUUGUCCGACGGCUACGCCGCUGCGCCGCGGCCCCCGCUCUGGGACUCCGUCCUUUGGGAGCUGGGCGCGUUCUCGAGCUUGCUGAGUAUGAUAUCUCGGAGCACGCAGGUGUCCUGGAGCUCUAAGGUGAUGUGUGCUGACGCGUCCUUCUGGGGCCUUGGGCUGGUCUGCAAGGUUUUCGAUGAGAAGCUCGUGGGCUCGGUGGGGGUCUUCUCGGAGCGGUGGCGUUUCUUGGGCGACAUGCAGGUGCAGUCAAGGGCGUGGGCAGGCAUCACUACUGGGCCGCCAGAAGGAGAUUCGAAGACCCCGGACGCCCCAGGGCCGCCGGAAGGGAAUUCGAAGACCCCUCUCGAGAGCUCCGAGGACUUCCAGCACAUCGUCGGCGCGGAGGAGGCCAACCCAGAGGCCGCCAGCUGGCCGCAGGUCGUUUGCCUCAAUAUUUCCGCGAACCUGGUCGGGCUGUCGCGGGGCCUCACAAGUGGGGAACUCCGCCUGGCAACAUCGCGGAGGGGGGGGCCGGGCGAUCCAGGCGAGCACGUUGGACGCACUCCGCCUGGGCACGGUGCGCACGCAGACCGUGAGGAGCCGCUACCAGCAGCUAACCGACGAGACGAGCUCGACGUGUGUCUGGAGGAGCAGGGAUUGGCGCCGCGGCCGAAGUUCUCGAUCCACGACCGCGUGGCGACGCCUCUUCCCGACGCGGACGCGGCGGCGCUCGACCUCGGCCUCUCCGAGUGGAUGUUGGGGCGGCACUUGGAGGGUGUCGACCACUGGCGCGGGGUUCAGAUGCUGGCCGCCCUUCAGUGGAGCGACCCGCGGCUCGGCCGCGACGAGUCCGCUCGGCUGCCUGCGGCGCGGCAGUCGCUCCGCGGGUGGAAGGUGCUGACGCCGCCGCUGACGCGGCUGCCGCUGCCGGAAGAGCCCGUGGCCGCCCUGGCGUGCGAGCUCGUCGGCCGGCGGCAGUGGGGGGCGGCGGUUUGCGUGGUGUUGUCGAUGGUGUUCAACAUGCGGCCAGGCGAGUGGUCCCGCGUGCCGGCGAGGCACGCCGUGCCACCGCGGGAUGCCGGCAGCCUGGCGCUUCGCCACUGGGCGCCAGUGCUUCGCCCGCGGGAGGGCGACGACGCGAAGCCCGGCAAGACGGCGGAGUUCGACGAAAGCUUCAUCCUCGACCUGGCGCGUGACCAGCUGCUGGCGGGCGAGCUGAGCGGCUGGCGGCAGGGAAGGCGCGCUGCGCGGCGGCUGAAGCUCAUCCCCGAGCCGAUGCCGCACCUGCUGCGCCACUCUGGCGCCAGCAGGAACUUCGUCAACCAGCUGCGGCCGCUGGCAGAGGUCAAGCGCAGGGGCAGGUGGGAGACCAACGCGUCG